UUCGUAGUGUGGUUACUGAUGACCCGUUACAGUUCUUUCACAGGUGGAAGGGGGGGCAGGGUAUACGUGAUUGUCAUUACUCCGUCACCUCUCGCUCCGCGUGCCCCCCCUUUCCCUUGAGCUAUGUAUGGAUUGGCGUUGUGGAGUAAUUGGCAGCCCCGAUUCGCUUCGUUUUUUCUUUUUUGCGUGAAGGCGUAAGUCGGUCGUAGGCUGUCCCGUCCUCACUAGUGCUGUCCUUAUGAAUAUUGUUAUGGUGGAUGAGCCGACGACGGUAGACGAAGCGCUAGCCGUCAUCCAGCACACGCACGAGCGCUGGCAGUCCCUCAUGGCCGGACAGGCGGAGCACGACGACGACUUCUGGCUAGGAGAAACGCCAGAAACGGCAGCAGGGGACGGCUGGUAGAAGUGUCCCGUGGUCGGGGAUGAUGGUUGAGAUUCCCCGGAUUAUGCUGUCUUUUUGCCGUGUUGUUGGUGUCGAUGUUUGUGGUCUUCGUCUUCUCUUCUCCCUCUCAGGCCGAGAGCCGAAACAGGGCGUACAG